UUUUCACGAAUUUACCCAAACCACCUGCAACCGCCGCCGACACUGUGUCGGCUCUAGCUUAGCUGCAUGGUGCGCGUGAAGCAUGAAAACCCCGCAAAUGCAAUCAUCGUCACCGUUUGUCACCCUUUUCUAACACAAUUUCGACUUUACCAUACGAGUAUUAUUACUUUUUCAAUUGUCAACAUUUAAUCGUCACAGUUUAUUUAUGCUGUUGGUUCAUAUAAACAACGCGGUGUUGCAUGCGAGCGCCUUCAGAUCGCUGCCAAACGUUUGCGAGACAACACCGCGGAGAGAAUGUGUGCGAAUUUCGACACGAGGCUUUGUUGGAGGCGCCACCAACGCACCCACAGUGUUUUGCUAUUAUUGCUGUUGUUUUUGCAGCCAACGUUUAUACAGACUUUGCAUGAAACGUUGCAUGAGAAUAGUUUUGAUUAUUCAAGAAUUAAGCGGAACUACAAUUAUGCAAAUGCAACGAAUAUGCCUGAACGCCAGGCAUCAAGUGAGGACAGUGGGGUAGUGCAUUACUUUCGGUUUCACGACUUCGAACCGCGUGCGCUGAGCACCUACACGUGGAGCGCAUCGACCAGCAGACCAACAGUGAAGGUGGAAGGAAAAUCGCUUAGCAGUGAGCAAAGUGCAAAUGCUUUCGGCAAAACUGUAGCUGAAGAGCGCAAGCCGCGCGGUAUACACUUUGAGGCUGACGGCAAGGAUCUUGCCAUCAACCUGGAGUUUAUUAUACCCUUCCUGCGUGUACCGAUCGCGCGCAGUGUGCAAAUCACGCAGGCGGCUUUUCGUAAAUUGGCUGAUUUGAACUCGGAUACAUUACUGCUCAGCAGUGGCUUCGCAAUUGUGGGUGCUAUUAUUGCGGUGGUUUUAAAAACCGUGACCACGCCUACGCUGCUUGGGUAUGGUUAUAAAAAAGCCACGCGUGCUGCCGACUUCAUGGAUGACUUAAAUUACGCCAGCUAUGCGCCGGCGGCCGAACAGAGUGAUACAGUGACGAAAUCUAUUAUAAAAGGUCAUGAUAUGCUAAACGAUUUGGAGCAUAAUCUAUAUGUAAACCAUAUAAAUGUGAGCGUUUGCGCUCAGCGCGCGAUCUGCAGUUAUGUGCAACAAGCCACUACAGGUGUACGCGCAGGUUUGGGUUCACCCACUGAUCGCAUAGUCGAUGGCCUCAUUAGUUUGGAUCUGCUGCAGAACUAUUUGAAUGGCACCGCUUUGCAAAAUGCUAUAGACACGGGUCGUGCGCACGCUGACACCAGCUGUGAGCUCAUGUAUCGCGACUGUGAAUGGCCGAAAUUGCAAAAUAAAGCUUGGGAAGUAGCAAAAAAGUUUCUGGUUAGAUAUUUUGGUAGACAGCUUAUUCAGUUUUCACAAAUCCACCAUCAUUUCAUACCGAAGCGUUUAGACCAACUACCGAGGCAGACAGACAAGCAGACACGUGAAAAAUUACAGUCUAACUCAAAAUAUUUUCAAAUUUCUCUGGUGAAUAUGUUGCUAAGUGCUUUAAUAGUGGCGCUUUUGCCAUUGGGUGCUUACGCAGCGGGCGCUGCCAAUAUUUUCUUACCGACCGAAGGCAGUGGACCAAAUAAAUUUUUCUCAUUUCGUCCGCUCGGUGAUGAUGUGGCGAUGGGACUGGAUUUCGAGAUGCCUUUCCUUAAAGUGCCAAUUAAGCGUUAUGUAGACAAGUACGGCAACUCUCCGGCUAUGGUGAACAUUAAUACAGCAUCUUUGGUAACCGGUGGUCUAAUGGCCGGUGGCAGUUUGAUUGUGGCGCAUCUUCUGCGUUCACUUCGUUUUCUCAAAGGACGUUCGGCUGAAGAUGAAGAGACGACAUAUUUGGAAAAUGGCAUCAAAAAGACUGACAAGAAAUUAUUUACGGCUGAAGAAACAGAGAAAAGAGAGAAACGUUACGCUGAUUCAAAAAAUAAUUUGUAUGAUGCCAAAAAUCUUUUCGAUCACUUCCGUUUAGUCUAUAAAAACGACACUGGCGAGCGAAUUGAGACCACACUACCCAGCCUUUUCGCACGCAUCGAAGAGACUUUCUUGGAUAAUAAAAUCGACAUCGGUUCUUGCGUGCAAAAAACCAUUUGCCUGAUGCUACAGGAAUCCAGUCAAAAAGUGCGUCACGGACAGGCGACCAGCAUGCAAAAAAUCGUCGAUGGUUUGACGAGCUUUGCGUGGGUGUUGGAUGUGUUCGCGCCUUACGGCGAGUUGCGAAAAGCGAUAAAGGCUGGCAAAACGCAUGCGAGUACGAGUUGCGUUGUGGCCUAUCCCACAUGUCACUGGUCCAAUCCGGCGAGUGAACUAACGCAGCUCUUGAGCAACCAUGUGAAGUUUGCUUAGCGUUUCAUAACCUCAAUUUUUUUUAUAAAUUAAUUUAUUAUAAAUAUUUUUAUACUUACUUUUACUAAGUUCCACUCGAAAUAAAAACAACUUUGAGUUUUUUAUUACAAUUUACGAUUCAAUUAAUAUUUAUUUAGCAUUAAACUCAUAACUUUAUAUGCAUUUAUGUGUAGAAUAUUGCCAAAACAGAAAUAAUGAUAAAAAAUAAGUGCGAAUAAAAUAAGAAAAAACUAAAAAUUUGCUUGUUUAAAUGUUGACUAAUGAAUAAAAGA